AAACUCGCCCAGUGGUAGUACAACAACGAUAUUGACAACGACGGCAAACAAUGAAUCGACAAUCAACGAGGCUGACACACACGGGAACGCUGGCCCUUCAGUUUCCUCCAUGUCUUCACGAGAGUCAAUUGCCGAAGCUUAUGCCGAAAAGCUGCGUACCGACUCGGAUAUACAAGCAGCCCUACAGCCUGAGAUACUCGAUCGAAACCCUGAUGAGGCACUCAGAAAAGCUGUUCUUUUACCCUUGCUCGAAGUCGAGCCGCCUAAGGAUUGCCUCAUGUUAGUCGUGGAUUCGAUCGAUGAGGGCCCAAUCCUCAAUUGUGGCAAUUCCUGCUUGCAACAGAUGUCUAGUGCAAGCCUAUUGGCGCUAAAUGCAGGCAGUAUCGGUCGGGAGUCGAAACGUGAUUCGGAAAAUGAGGACGAAGACGAGGUUUCUCGUACAAUUGCUGAGCUCCUUGCUAGCCAUCACCAUCUUUUCCCUCAGUGGUUGUUACUUGUCUGUACAGCGCGCCGUCAAAGUAAAGCUAUUUUACGUAUGUUCACGGGAUUUCGCAAGAUCGCCCUUGACGAUUUACGUAAAUCUCAAGUUGUUCGAGAUGUUCAGCACUACAUACUAGCGCGGCUCGAUCAAGAAGACGCUCUCAGACAACAUAUUUCAAGAGAUACUGCUGAAAUGCUGAAUCAUUUGCACAUUAAGAGUAAUGGUUGCUUUCUGUAUUUGGAAAAGGUCCUCGAUGGCGUAGCCGAGAACUUCAUUGUUCUUCGUGAAGUUAGAGAAAUUCCUGGUACUUUGAACGGCCUUUACCUAUGGCUAUGCCAGCGGCUAUUUAGUAGAAAGCAAUUCGCUAAGGUACAGCCACUACUGAAUGUUAUUCUUGCUGCAAAGCUGCCAAUAAGCCAAUCAAUACUGUUCGAUUGUGUGAGGACGGCAAAUCCUCUACUCACUCAAGAGGAUUUCAAUCGUCAGCUACAUCUACUACGUCGAGUUAUUUCAGUGUCUCGCGCUGGCGCUCUAAUGCUUUUCCAUCACAGUUUCGCAGAGUGGCUGCUUGAUGUUAAGCACUGCACGCAAAAGUAUUUGUGUUCCGCUACAGAAGGACACGCGAUGCUGGCCAUGCAGUAUACAUUGCGAGCCAGUAAUCUCAAUCCAGACGAAAUUUGUGUGUUAUCCCAACAUGUGCAGAGUACGUUCUUUCAUCAACAACAGCACCAGCAGCAACGAACUUAUUUUCAACAUCAUCAUCAGCAGCAAUCGGCGACAGCAACCACGGGGACCGGCGAGGUUGCAGCAAUUUCUACGAUACUGCAAAUACAACCACAACCAUCGAUACUCGACUCUUACACUCUUCAGCUCUUAUGGUUAAUAGGUAGUGGUGCCCGAUUCACGCAAUGUUAUUUGGAUAGCAGUGAAUGUAUAUUAUGGCCCAAACAAGAUGUCAAACUUCUUAAACUUUUGAUCGACGCAGGAGCAAAAUUGUCGCAAAAGAUCACCAAUAACGAAGAAUCGAACCAUAAUACCCAUGUCUCUUCUAGUCACAUUUCACGUAAUUCAACACCAAUGGAUGAGUCACCGUUGGAACCAUUGAUUGAACUUCUUGGUGAAAACGGUGACAUCAAUCAAACGGAUUCGUGUGGCCGUACCAUAUUACAUAAUCUUGCAACAGAUGGAAAUGCAACUCUUCUUGAAUUGGCUCUCGAAGCUUAUCCUGAGGCUAAACUGGAGGCAACUGACCGCCAUGGACAAACGGCGCUAAAUCUUGCUGCACGUCAUGGAUAUUCUGCGGUCGUUAAGAUUCUUUUAGCCGCUGGUACUAAUGUCGAUCAUGCUGAUUGCGAUGGUUGGACUGCCUUAAGAGCCGCUGCAUGGGGAGGUCACACAAAGGUGGUAGAGCAGCUGCUUGACUGCUCAGCGCUGGUAGAUUGCGCAGACUGGGAUCAGCGAACAGCGCUGCGAGCAGCUGCCUGGGGUGGACACGAGGAAAUCGUAAAAGCACUGCUGCAGCAUGGAGCCGACGUCAAUCGUACCGAUGAUGAAGGCCGUACAGCACUUAUUGCCGCGGCUUAUAUGGGCCAUAGCGAGAUAGUUGAGCACCUGUUAGAUUUUGGUGCAGAAAUCGAUCACGCUGAUAGUGACGGUCGAACGGCUUUGAAUGUUGCUGUGCUUAGCGUGCCCUUCAAUCAUGGAUACGCUAAAGUGGUGAGCUUACUAUUAGAGCGUGGUGCAGAUGUUAAUCAUCAGGACAAGGACAGUAUGACACCACUUCUCGUGGCCGCAUUCGAAGGUCAUCGUGACGUAUGUGAACUACUGCUGGAAUACGAAGCGGAUGUGGACCACUGCGACGCUACUGGAAGAACGCCCCUUUGGGCUGCUGCGAGUAUGGGCCAUGGUUCGGUUGUGGCUCUCCUACUUUUUUGGGGCUGUUAUGUCGAUAGUAUUGACAACGAGGGCAGAACAGUUCUGAGUGUCGCUGGUGCACAAGGUGGCACCGAUGUAGUUAAACUCCUUCUUAACAGAGGCUUAGACGAACAGCAUAGGGAUAAUUCGGGCUGGACACCCUUACACUAUGCGGCAUUCGAAGGUCACAUGAAUGUGUGCGAAGCGCUUUUAGAAGCAGGUGCGAAGAUCGACGAAACCGAUAACGAUGGAAAAGGUGCACUAAUGCUCGCUGCACAAGAAGGUCAUACUAAUCUCGUCGAGAGACUCAUUGAACAACAUACUGCUCCUAUCGACCAACAUGCACACGACGGCAAAACUGCUCUUAGACUAGCUGCUUUAGAAGGGUAUUAUGAUACUGUGAAAGUGUUACUCUAUCAUAAAGCUGAUAUAAAUGCAAAGGAUGCAGAUGGACGAAGUAUACUUUACAUUCUUGCUUUAGAAAAUAGAUUGGCAAUGGCUACAUUUUUAUUGGAGCAAGCUCGUCCUAACAUUGAAAGUAGAGAUUCAGAGGGUCGAACAGCUCUGCAUGUGAGUGCUUGGCAAGGUCAUGUUGAAAUGGUGGCGCUUUUAUUAACUGAAGGCUGUGCGAGCGUUAAUGCUCGAGAUAACGAAAACCGAACACCUUUACACUCCGCUGCUUGGCAAGGACAUGCAGCGAUAGUUCGACUGCUUCUUGAACAUGGAGCUACUCCUGAUCAUACUUGCAAUCAAGGAGCUACAGCUCUGGGAAUUGCUGCUCAAGAAGGACAUGAGAAUUGUGUUCGAGCAUUGUUGAAUCACGGAGCAGAUCCUAAUCAUUCUGAUCACUGUGGAAGAAACGCUAUUAAAGUUGCAGCAAAGAGUGGGCAUGAUACUGUAGUUAAAUUACUAGAAGAAUACGCUGCCAACCGACGCUGUUCAAGAGCAGCAGGGAGUAGUAGCACAGCUUCAGUUACUUCUAAUUCAACAACAGAAACAAAGCCUUCAUCUGCGAUAUUAAACCCAAUAUCAACACAAUAUAGUCCGGCAGAAUCACCAGAUUCUACCAAGAGGCGAAGUUGUAUAUCGUUAGGUAAUAAUUCAAGUAAUAGCAAAUCUAGUAGCAAUUUAACAGGAAGUACUAAAAGUGACCGAUGCAAAAUUAAUCAAAAUUCACCUAUAAUCAAUCAAGGUUCAAGCAAGGCAGUACUAUCAUUUACACAACAGUUACAACAAUGCUCACGGGGUAUAAAGUCUAGACCUCUCAGCAAACUUCUUUCACCUCUAAGAAGUGAACCCCAGAGUCCAAUAUAUGCUUCACCACCACACUCACCCUCUAGCGACAGCAUCAUUCCGUAUUCACCAACCAACAAUAGUCCUCCUAGCGCACAGACUGCGGCAAGUAUAAUUCAAAGCCAACUGGGCGUAUCACUGCUAACAGCGAACCACAGCACUCAAUAUAAAUCGGCACAUGCCUACGAUCGCACGGGAGCUCUUUAUGAUGCUAUUUGCAUUAAAAAAAACCAACAUAUGCAUCAAAUGGAGAGUGGCACAGAAACCAAGCCGUUUGAGUUGACAAAUGAGAUGCUCGGACUACCUUUUAACAAUGAAAGAAAAAACUAUUGUGAAGAAAAGAAGCCUGCUGAUACACAUUUUACUAGGGAUACUCACAUGAGGAUUAUUUUAGGAAAUAGUGGCGCAGGAGUGGGACGAAAUGUUAAACAUAACUCAAAUAAUUUAAGUGGAAAUAUUGGAAAUUCAAGACCAAAACGAAAUGGCUUAGUUUCAUCUAACCCGGCAAUGCGUUUAGUUGCUGGAGUUAGAAAUGGAAUCGAAAAUGCAACGAAUCGAAAUAAAUCUGUAACUACACGCGUUAAUGGAUUUCAGUGGAAAGCAGAAGCUAGAAAGGAAACUCCCUUAUAGGAGCAGGAUUUAGCUUUUGUUAAAUGCACGCAUGAAGCCUCUAUUCAACGACAAACAUCUAAUUGGAAAAACUAUCUGAGCAAAAGACGAAAAUCUAUUAAAAGAUUUUUUUCGUUUCCUUUGAGCAGAAUCAAAUUGCCACCAAAGAAGGAGAGUAAGAGAAAUAAGAAUUGCAAGAAAUAAAACGAAAUGUGAUUAUGUUCAACAGGUUUAAAUACCUGUCGAAACGUUAUACCAAAUUCAUUAACGAAUCAUAUGAAAACUUAAUAAAAUAAUAAAUAAAUGACUAAUAAUAUUUAAAAAAUAGCAUAAAUAUUAUAUUAGAAAUGAACAGAUGUAAUCUUAAUCUCAUUAAGGAAUAUGUGUAUAAAUGUAAUAUUUAGAAUAUCCUCUAUUGAUCUCAUCGAAGCUUAAAAAUACGUUAGUACGUAAAUACACUCAUGCCUGUGCACAUGGGUAUAUUCUGUACGAAAGCUGUGACGUUUACCUAAAUAAAAAUUAGAAGAAAUAAAAUAUAAUGUAGAUGGUACAUAAAGAAAGAAGACUUGUAUCGUACUGUAUUACAUAUAAAAUAAAGAAAUGAUAGAUAUUGAUUGGGGGAAAGACUGAUUGCACACCAAAUACAGUGCUAAUUUUUCGACAAAUACUUUGACAAACGUAGGUUUUAACAAAAAAAAAACGUAAUUAAAGAGUGAA